AUGAAAUUCAUCUCGACUCUCUUGUUUGCUUCUUUGGCCAUCCUCAGUGCCAAUGCGAACAACCUUCCAGCUACUGACUUGGGGCUAGGCUGCCUUAACUUUCAAGAUGACGGAAGCUGGAACCCAGUCCCUGACUUUGUCACGAAUGGUCCAUUCUUGGUUGCUCCCGAAUCCCCAUUUCGAUUCAGCUCCGACACCCGCUUUCCCGACCAAGCAGUACGAGUGGGAGCCACUGGUAAACUCUCUGCAUCUGACUUUGAUUGGACUUUUGACAUUUUUAACACCCAGGCUCAGAAUGGUGGCACAUAUGAAGCGUGGUACAAGAGUAACAAUCAUGGCACGUUUGCUACGACUUGGCAUUCGACAUCUGCCAAUGGCAAUAAGCACAACACCUUUCAGAUUGUAAUCUCGGAGGCCAUUGGAGGUGAUAUGGGAGAAGGCAACAACGUCUGCUUUUGCUACGGUGAUAUGCAGUGGGGCCCAGGCGAUGUCCGAGUUCAUUCAUCUAACAGCAGUGAUCACGCUCACAUUGACUUUUCUGGUGGAACCUAUAACAAUGCGGCUGCGGACAACUCUCUUGAUCACAAGACUUGUUGCUUUCAUGCCGACAAACUCAAGGAAUUGGGAUCCAGCGCUGACUUUGCACGCCUCUGUCAUGUCCGAGGUACCGAGGCUGGUUCCAACGGCGACCCGCACUUCAAGACUUGGCAGAAUGAACAUUUUGAGUACCAUGGACAGUGCGACCUUGUCUUGACCAAAGAUACACACUUUUCCAAUGGACUUGGCAUUGAUGUACACAUUCGCACCAAACUAGUUAGACACUGGAGCUACAUCAAGAAUGCUGUCAUUCGCAUCGGCAAUGACAUUUUGGAGAUUGAAGGCUCUGCUCUGGAUUUUGAUUCCAAGACUCACUACUGGAUCAAUUACGAGUACCAAGGAGAACUCGUCGAGUUUGCUGGCUUUCCAGUGACAACUUUUUCUCAACAAGGAACUGCAGUCACCAAGAAUCGAAUCGAGAUUGACUUGGAUUCCGCUUACCCAGGUCAAAAGAUAGUACUUUCGACCUACAAGGAGUUUGUCAAGGUUUCGUUUGAGAACGCAAGCGAGGAAUCAUUUGGAAAGAGCGCUGGUAUGUUGGGAGAAUUUAAGACUGGCAAAACUUUAGCUCGGGAUGGUGUUACCGUGCUGGAUGACUUUACCGAACUGGGUAACGAAUGGCAAGUUCUUCCAUCGGACAAGCAUUUGUUCCAUGAAAUGUCUGCUCCUCAAUUCCCCGACAGAUGCAUCGAUCCCGAAGAUCCACGUGGUGAUCGCCGCCGUUUGGGUGGGUCUUUUGUCAGCGAGGAGGAAGCAGAAGCUGCUUGUACUGGACUCAAGGACGAGUUGGACCGUAAGGACUGUGUGUAUGACAUCUUGGCCACGCAAGACUUGGAAAUGGCUGGAGCCUACUGA